UACAUAGCAGAGAGAAAACUAAGGAGCUUUGAGGAAGAAAUUUUGGGACUAAACACACACAAGGAGGCCUGGAUAAUAUCAUUUGGCAGUGGUGAGAAACCCAGCAGUGAAAGUAAUCAUUGUGUUGGCAGAGUAGAUUCAGCACAUUCCCUAUGUGACAGCAAGCCAUCUUUUCUCCAGUCUUCUGAUGAAAUUAUAAAGCCUGACACGGAAGAACUGAGUUCUGCUUUCCUUUUAAAUGAUGUCAUGAAUGAAGUGGACACAGAACAUUGUGAGUUUGAGCCUUCAGAUGCAAAUAAAUCAGAGACUGCUUCUGUCCUGGGAGGGGAUUUCCUGUCUUUUUAUAGAAAGUGCUGCUACCCUGAUGUAAAUAUUUGCAUUGAAGGCAGAGUUUUCCCAGUUCACAGGGCUAUUCUGUGUGGUAGAUCAAGAUAUUUUGCAGCUAUGUUAAGUGGAAGCUGGGCGGAAAGUUCUCAAGAAAAUAUUCAUCUUCAGGGAUUAAGUCAUGUAGAAGUGGAUGUCAUGAUGAACUUUAUAUAUGGAGCAACUUUAGAUAUUCCAAGUGAAGCUGAUGUUGGACAGGUACUUUCUUUAGCAGAUAUGUAUGGCUUAGAAGGGCUAAGAGACGUGGCUGUGUACGUUCUGAAAAGAGAUUACUGCAAGUUCUUCUGUAAGCCAGUUGCUGGAAUGCAGCAGUCAGUCCUGGAUUGUCUGGUGAUAGCUCAUAAAAUUGGAGAAGAGAGCCUUUAUAUUCCUUGCAUGAGGUGGAUUUCUACGCAUUUUGUGAAAUGCUUAUCAGAAAGAAGUUUUGCUGGCUUACCUUCUGACCUUCAGAGAGCUUGCCUUAAUGCCUUAACUCAGUCUCUAAACCGGAAGAAUGCAGCAGUUUUCUUGAUGGAUUGUGAUCAUCUUAUCGGUAGCCUUCCUGGAGUAAAAUGGGCAGAGAAGUCAUUAGCUUUUGCAUCUGAACUACAACAGGAGUGCAUAAGUUACAUUGUAGCACAUUUUUCUGAUACAAUAGAAACUGUUGGGUUUCAUCAUCUUCUCCAGGCACAAGCAAUGAGCAGUACACCAUAUCUUCUUGAAAGACUAAUUGCAGCUAUUGAAAAAAGCCUGACCACUGAAAACUGCUGUUCUUAUUUCAUUGGUUUGACUACACUAAAGAGAAAAGUUUUGUCAGAGAAUCUGGGUUUUACGUGUGAGAUCCAGGCUCUGCAUGAUAAACUCUGGCUCUUCCUGGUCCAGUCUUUUUACGCUGUCCGUCAUACUGAAGGCUGGAAGCUAAUGAACCCAGAUGACAGAGAAAAAAUACAAGCAGCUGCUCUUGAUAAGGGUGAUGACAGAAGACUUAGCAAGAAACCAGUAUUCAGUAGUUCUCAGCAGAACAAGUACACUUCGAGUCGUAGUAAAGAAGUAGAUGCUUCCAAGCACUCAGCUUCAGAGCUAACAGAAAGACAAAGUUCCAGAAGUUCUUCACUUACUAGCCAGAAGAAAAUGAAGUCGGAUGGGUUAGGAACAUCAGGACCUCAAGCUGGUGGUAGCAGAAGCACUGUAAACAAAUUUCCUUUGAAAACUGAAGACCUAAAAAGAAAAGACUCUAACAGUAAAAAAAUAACUGCUAGGCCAGUAAAAGAUGUAAAACCAGAGGAAAGGGAAACAAAUGGCACAUUAAAACUCAGGUCUGUAACAAAACCUAAAAUUUCCACUACUGGUAAUAAAAAAGAGGAAAAUUCAGCUUCUCAGGAAGGUAUUGAUGUGAUAAAUCCUACAAAUGGACAAAAACAUGCCAUUGCAAAACCAGUUAAAAAUCACAAUGGUGGAAGUACUGGCUCCAAACCCAAAGUUUCUACAGGUAGUUUGGCUUCUCAGUCAAAAUUUCAAUCAACAGCCAGGAAAACUGUAGGGAGGGGAAUAUCCCAGUCUGAUUUAAGUAGGAGUUCCACUUCCACUGGGUCUGCAAGUCUAGCCAAGGAUGACUGUUCUUCAAGUAAGCAUUCCAGAGAAUCCUGUGAAAAAAUAGAUGCAGGUGGAGCAAAUGGGAUUUCUGGUACUGAAUCUACUUGUAGUAUGAUACCCUCAAAUGGGGCCCAAGACAUACAUUCGCAGAGCCUGAAAGAGACAACCAGAGCUGAAAAGAUGAGAAGCAGUAUAAAGAUGGGAGAGUCAUCUGGAUUAAGAAAAAAUGGCAAGCCUCGUACAAGUCAUGCCACCAGCAGUGCAACAGUCAAGCCAACCGUUAAGGGAACCACUGAACAAUAUCUGCAAACACAAGUGAAGAAAAGGGUGACGACUUCAACAACCUCAUCUGUAUCCCACAUACGAUCAAGCAGUUCCUCACCCAUAGCUACCAAAAAUCAAGACUCAAAAGGAAAUGUACCAAAUGUCCAAAAGUCUAUGACAAGGCAAAAACAAACGGGAAAUGUUUCAGCUGCAGGCAUUAAAGAUACUUCUGAUGCAAUUCAAAAUGGAAGGAAAAAUGUGAAGCAAGCACAUACUGCUACAUCUGCUGCAAUGAAAACUCCAAUAAAAUCUGUAGCUAUUGCCACAGAUUGUGCUGAAGUGAAAAAAAAUACUUCAGUACACAAAGCUGGGCAGAAGCCAAUUAACAGCUCUGACCAUUCUCCAUCCAAGCCAGUUAGCACUGCUCAGUCAUCAAGAAAGACAUGUGCCACAAAAAACCAAAGACAUUGUACUUCUGUGGAAGACAUACUUAACACAGAAAAUAUAAGUAGUCAGAAACAAGAUGAUCUUGGGCCAUUUCCUACUUUAGAAUCCAUUUGUCCAAGAGAAGAAUCUGAUUUUUCAAAUCAGUGUCCUCAAGCUCACUGCAGUCCUCAACAGAUGCGUGCAUUUGCAAAAAGCAGUGAGAUGUCUCUUCCCUCGUAUGGUCAUAGUCAUGUGGGAAAUGAAGUUCCAAAAGGUGGCCUCCACUUGCAUUUUACAGGCACUGUCACUGAUGGUGAUCAGAUUAUAUUCUCAAAUACUACUGAUGAUCUUGAAUGUGAAGUACUGUGUAGCUUAAAUGAGUCUGAAAGAAAAGAUAUUUUGAAAAGUGAGGCAUGCAAAAUUACAUUGCAGUUUGCUGUUGAAAGCAAAGCUGAAAACUUUUCUAAAUGUGUGGAUGUAAUUAACAAAACUGAUCAUGAAAAGUUACAAGACUUCAGGGAGUCUGUUUCUGAAGCUAGUAAUGGACUUCUAACUGAAACAGAACCAGUGAGAGAAGAUUUUUCUAAUGAAAUGAAUUGUGUUGGUCUAGCCAUAGAUGUUAGAAGUGGAAAGUCAUCCAUCUGUUCUGAUAGUAUCAUUAAUACUUGCCUUGCUGCACAAGACAAAAGAGAACCAAAUGAAUUUGUUUUAGAAGGUAUUACAGCUACAUAUUCUAAACAAGAUCAUAUGGCUAAAUAUUCAGUAGGGCAUGUACCAGAUAAAGUGUCAGAUUCACCGAAUGAUAUGGAUACAACAGAAACACCAGAGGGCCAGUCAGACUCGCCAUUUAUAGAUCAUCACUGGAAUUUGACUUCAGGUAUAUUACAUCAGAAAACGAGCCCUGAAUCUGACAGUGGCAGUGCAACCACAUCUUCUGAUGACAUAAAGCCAAGAUCAGAAGAUUAUGAUGCUGGUGGCUCACAGGAUGAUGAUGGAUCAAAUGAGAGGGGAGUUUCCAAGUGCAGCACAAUGUUAUGCCAUGAUUUUCUUGGAAGAAGCAGCAGUGACACAAGCACUCCAGAAGAACUAAAAAUAUAUGACACUGGGCUGAGAGUGGAAGUGAGGUCAAAAAGCAAAGAAACUGCUUCAGAUCAUUGUCAUGUUAAUUCAACAAGUGAAGAUGAUGCAGCAAAAAAAGCAGACCUUUGGUCUCACCAGGAGGAUGUAAUUAUGGAUGAAGCUGGUGAAGAUGACAUUGUAAUCAGUAGUAAUGCACAGUUCACUUACAUCAAUGAUCAACUUUCCUCAUCAGCUGAUGAAACUGAAGAUGAAAAGUCUGAAACUGAAAAUGCUGCAGCAAUCCCUCCACCUUCUCAAACUGACCAAGUCACUCAUCAUUUUGAAGGAAUUGUUAAUUUAGCUUUUGAAGAUGCAGCAGAAAGUGAAACUGGUGCUCCAGAACACUCGUUAUCCACAAAAUUCAGGCGUUCUGUUUUACUCUCAGUGGAUGAAUGUGAAGAACUGGGGUCUGAUGAAGGGGAAGGACAGAUGACUUCUUGCCAUUUAACUGAUUCCAUUAUAUCUGCGGAAGUACAUGAUGGUGGUACAAAUGUGCACACUGCUCAUCUUGGAAAAAUAUACUCUGAAUGCACACACAGUACUAGUGACAAUCUGGAAUGUGGCCUACAAAACAAAGAUAAAAAUACAACAGAGAACAGCUUUAUCUGUCCAGAUGUGUGCAGCAUGGAGUAUAGCGAUACACAACAGUGUGCUUCUCAGAGUGUUGUGAAAAGUGCAGAACAGAACAUCAUUCCUGGAUAUACGUAUCAUAGUACUGAGUGCUGCAUCACGGGAAACAGUGCAGAUGAUCAAGAUAUUAGAGAUCAAAUUAAGUUUAACAAGGCUGGGGUGACGAUGCAAAAUGAAAUAUACAAUAGCCAGGCUGCUAAUAAUGAAAAUGAAAUCCAAGAAAGGCCAUACCAUUUGAAACUGAGCCACAGUGAGCCUGCAUCUGAAACACAGAGAUGCAGUUCCACUAAAGAUUUAGAUCAUAGACAGCUGCUUGUUACUAAUCUUGAAGGGCAAGGCAAUGAGAGUAGCCCAGCAUCUGCUCCACUUACUAACACUACUUUGCCUACAGGAGACUUAGAUGAUUAUGAAACAUUGACAUAUACCUGCAUUCAUGAUCGUCGACCAUCAAAAUCCCUGUCUCCAAUAUGUGAACUGGAUGUUGGAGAUGUAUUUGAACCAGCUGUUGAGGCAGGAGUACCAUUCAUGGCUGUGGAUCAGGAUGAACAAAAACUGUUUGCAGAAAGGGAUUGGAUACUUCUCAGGCAACUGCUGGCAGAUCAACAAGAUUGCCUAGAUAUUAAAAACUCUGUUCCUGAAGAUAUUAAUCUUGCACAAUAUCUCAUUAAUCAAACACUUAUUCUGUCAAGAGACAGUUCAAAAUCUCAGGGGAAAGUACCUUUUGAAAGGGAAAUUGUAAACAGAUGGAGUGAUCUAUUGUCUCCACUGGAAGACUCAACUGCGAGCAUCACAGUUGCCAGCUUUUCCCCUGAAGAUGUUAGUUCUCCACAGGGAGAGUGGACAAUUGUGGAACUGGAAACACAUCAUUAAAGCGGAAAUUUAAACUGCUUGUUGUCCUACAAAACAACAUACUAGAGAAAUGUAACUGGUUGAAGGCUGUAUUAGUGAUGUAGAGGUACAGUCAGAAUGUAAAAUAUUUUUAAUGAAGCAUGCAUAAAAUUUAGCAGAGGAAACUUUAUCAUCAGGUUUUUAUUCAAGAUAUUUCUGGUAGAAUGUUUUGGGGAAAAUAAAUUAGCAUGCAUCUUUUUUUCUAUUUAAUACAGCUGGGACUACAUUUUGAAAAGUUUUGUGUAUUUCUAGUGUGUCUAUUUUAUGAUGUUUGUAUCUGAAAACAGAAAAAGUGACUGCACAAUAAAUGGAAAUGCACAUUUCACUUUUGCUAUGUACUCAGUGCAUAUGUUUUUCAUUAAUAAAAUGCUAACUGCAAGUUUUAACAAAGCUUUUUUUAA